AUGACUCGAGCCAUUAUUAAACGUUUAGCGAAAGAACCAGAAAUGUUAGCCGUGUUUUCCCGUCUAAUCGAAGAACAACUCAACCGCAACUUUAUUGAAAAAGUUCCUGCAGCAGAGCUCGCGAAAAAUUGCCAUUACAUCCCUUAUCAUUAUGUCAAAAGGGAAUCAGCUACUACUCCGAUUCGCAUUGUUUACAAUUGUUCAUGUAAAGGAUGGAAUGGAGUUAGUUUUAACGACUGUGUCGAAGCUGGUGCACCAUUGCACAACGACCAAACUCAAAUCUUAAUCAACUUCCGCUCUCAUGCCAUCGGCAUCGUUGCUGACGUGGAAAAGGCAUUUCAUCAUAUCAAUCUGCACAAGGCCGAUCGCGAUUUUCUUCGUUGGUUUUGGUUGGAAGAUCCAACCAACCCUGAGUCUCCACUAGCCGUCUACAGGUUCAGAGUGGUGCCGUUUGGAGCUAAGUCAUCACCUUUCAUCCUUAACGCGGUGAUGAUGCAUCAUCUAAAGAAAUCGACUUCUGAAAUCGCUGCUGAUAUACUGCAAAGUGUAUUCGUCGACAACAUCAUAACUGGCUGUGAGAGCCCCAGCGCUGCUCUUAAUUAUUUCACUGAAGCCAAUCGAAUCAUGAAUGAAGCUCAUCUUCCCCUGCAAGCUUGGGGAUUCAGUGACGGUGCUGUUGAAAAAAGUUUGGCGGAGGGAGGGUCAACGGACCCAUCGCGUCUAUCAAAAACUCUUGGUUUGAUUUGGAAUCGAGAAAAGGAUACGCUAAACGUUCAACCGCCUCAUCUCUCAGCAGCCGAUGUCGCGACAAGAAGAGACGUCCUGAAAGGAAAUGGAGCCUUCUACGAUCCCCUUGGUUUUUACACACCAUUGGGCACUUCAUCGAAGAUUCUUCUUCAAGAUAUUUGCCUAGCAGAUAUCAAAAUAGACGACGAAUUGUCUGCCGAUCACCUGAAACGUUGGAAGGAGAUCGUGGAUUCAAUAAACGUCGCAGUCGACCAGCAGUUGAUGUCAUUGCCAAGGUCCUAUUUCGGAUCAGUGGACGCUGUUCAAGAGCUGCAUCUAUUCUGCGAUGCGAGUCGGCACGCCUAUGGAGCCGUCGCAUAUCUUUGCUACAAGGAGCAAACCGCAUUUGUGAUGUCGAAAGCACGCAUUACUCCUAUCAAGGAUAGCCAGCGGGAAGGAGAGAGAGAGAUCUCAAUUCCAGAAGCGGAAUUGAUGGCUGCUUAUCUCGGCACUCUUCUAGCCACGACCAUCAUAGCAGCUUUAAAGAAGAACGGCAUCCGGAUGAAAAUAUUUCUUUGGAGCGAUAGCCAAAUCAUUCAUUUUUGGAUCUCCAAGUCUGAAGGCCAUCCUCGUCAAUUCAUUACAAAUCGGGUCAAAAAGAUCAGAGAGUUUACUCAACAGAAUGCCGCAACAUGGAGAUAUUUGCCAUCGGAGGACAAUCCAGCUGAUAUUCUGUCGCGAGGAGCGACUUUAUCCGAAUUCAAGAAAUCUAGUCUCUGGCGGUCCGGUCCGAAUUGGCUGAUCGAUCGAAAGAAGUGGCCUAUUUGGUCAGUGAGUCUGUUUAAAACGUCAAGAAGUGUUCAUCUCACUGUCUCAUCAAAGAAAGAAGAUGAGGAAGAAAUCGGCAAUAUUAUUGACCCAUCUAUAUAUAGCUGGGAGAUGUUACUUCGGACCACUGGUCAAAUUUAUCGUCUUCUCUCAAAUCUCAAAAGGAAAGACGCAUCUCGAAAAUCAUGGAAUCUCCAGCUUCUAAAUGCCUUGGAACUUCAAGAUGCGGAAAAUGUCUGGAUUCGUUUUUUCCAGCGCAAGCAUCUGGCGGAAGAAUUAAAAUAUCUUCAAGGAAAGAAAGAAGCAUGGCGACCCUCCUUAGUAUCCCAACUUGAUCUGUUUCUAGAUGGAAGUGGCAUCAUUCGGUGUAAAGGUCGACUCCAGAACGCGGGAAUAUCGGAAUCUGCGAAGCAUCCAGUACUGAUACCCAAGAAGACUGUCCUGGCUCGACUUAUCAUCACUUCUGUCCAUCAACGCAUAGCUCACUACGGAGUUGAUUCUACCAUUGCUCAUCUCAUGCAAAAGUAUUGGAUUCCGUCAGCUCGAGCUCAAGUUAAAGCUUUGUGUCGAAAUUGCCCAAAGUGUCGUCGAGAGUCCGGCCCAUCAUAUCGGUAUCCCUAUCCGGCUUCCUUGCCAGCUGAUAGCGUUCAAGAAAAUUAUCCCUUUGCAAUCACUGGAGUGGAUUACACCGGAGCCAUCCAAGUCACUAGUAAAGGAGAAAGAAUUUCAGUCUACAUAUUAUUAUUCACCUGUGGUGUAACUCGCGCUAUUCACCUCGAAGUCGUCAAAGAUAUGACAGCUGGAUCGUUUAGCAACGCACUCAAGCGGUUCACUGGUCAUCAUCCGAUUCCCCGUUUGAUUUAUUCAGAUAACGCUUCGACUUUCGUGAACGCGUCCAAUUAUCUACUAGAAUUAUUCAAUCAUCGAAAGGUUCAAGAGGAGUUAGCCGCAAUGCGUAUUCUCUGGAAGUUUAUCCCUAAAGCCGCUCCAUGGUACGGCGGAUGGUGGGAGAGACUCAUUGCGCUCACAAAAACUGCUCUCCGUAAAAUGGUUGGUCGAACCAUUCUAAGUUUUACUCAGCUACAAACAGUCACAACACAAAUUGAAGCUAUCUUAAACGAUCGUUCCUUGACUAAAAUCUCUACGGAUGAGAACUGCAUCCAGCCACUAACUCCGUCUCAUUUAUUGUAUGGCCAGCGAUUGACUACAUUGCCAUACCAUUAUGAUGCGGAAGAAGAAUUGUUAGAUCCCUCUUAUGGUGGACCAUCUCAGCAACCACAAGUGAUGACUAAGGCCUAUCUUCGCUCUCAAAACAUCCUUCGUUCCUUUCGGAGAAUCUGGAAUUCGAAAUAUGUGCCCUUGCUAAGGGAACAUCAUCAAAAAACUAAAGGACCGAUGAAAAGCACCAUCAAAGUAGGAGAUGUCGUCCAGAUCCAGAGUGAAUCUAAACGAGCCAACUGGAAACUAGCCAUCAUUGAAAGCAUCAAUCGUGGAGGAGAUGGACAAGUACGAUCUGCUGAAUUGAAAACGGCCACCGGGCGUACUAGCCGUCCUAUCAAUAAGCUAUAUCCAGUAGAAGUUUCAGAAAAUUCAUCUACAACUACGCAAGAUGCAAACAUCCAACCUAGAUGCAUCAUCAACGAAAGCCGAUCACCAUCCGGACGGAUUCCGCGCCAAGCUGCACGUCAAGCGUCGGAGAAAAUUAAGAACAUCGCAUAUUUAGAGAGCAUCAUUGAAGAAUAA